AUGGCGACCCGGCAUGGCCCCCACCCCGACGCUGCCCCAUUCCUGAGCCAGGCGGACGAGACGGAGGAGGAGGCGGCGGAGGGGGGGUUGUGGGCGGGUGGGGGGCAGCCGGAAGUGGGGGUGCAGGCCGUCACCGGGAUCUCAUACCCCCGCUCGGUGAUGAUCGUCGCCGUUCUCUGCUACAUCAACCUGCUCAACUACAUGGACCGCUUCACCGUGGCCGGCAUCCUGCCCGACAUUGAGUCGUUCUUUCGCAUUGGAGACAGCAGCUCCGGGCUCCUCCAGACAGUGUUCAUCAGCAGCUACAUGGUGCUGGCCCCGAUCUUCGGGUACCUGGGCGACCGCUACCACCGCAAGCGGCUGCUCUGCCUGGGCAUCGCCUUCUGGUCGGCCGUCACGCUGGGCUCCAGCUUCAUCCCCAAGGAGCGGUUCUGGCUGCUGCUGGUGACGCGGGGGCUGGUGGGGGUGGGGGAGGCCAGCUACUCCACCAUCGCCCCCACCAUCAUCGCCGACCUGUUCGUUAGCGACCAGCGCAGCCGCAUGCUGGCCUUCUUCUACUUCGCCAUCCCCGUCGGCAGCGGGUUGGGCUACAUCGUGGGCUCGAAGGUGAAGGACUUGGCUGAGGACUGGCACUGGGCCCUGCGGGUGACACCGGCGCUGGGCGUGGUGGCUGUGGUGCUGCUGGUCACGGUGCUGCGGGAGCCGCCGCGGGGGGCCGUGGAGCGUCACUCCGACUCCCCCCUGCGCUACACCUCCUGGGCCGCCGACGUCCGGGCACUGAGCCGCAACCGCAGCUUCGUGCUGUCGUCGCUGGGCUUCACGGCGGUGGCGUUCGUGACGGGGUCGCUGGCGCUGUGGGCCCCGGCGUUUCUUUACCGCUCCUGCCUGGCCACGGGGCAGUGCCGGCCCUGCCCCGACGGGGACACCUGCAGCUCCCAGCAGAGCCUGAUCUUCGGGCUCAUCACCUGUGUGACGGGGUUCCUGGGCGUGGGGGCGGGCGUGGAGAUCUCCAAGCGCCUCCGCAGAACCAACCCCCGGGCCGACCCCCUGGUCUGCGCCGCCGGCCUGCUGGGCUCUGCGCCCUUCCUCUUCCUGGCCCUGGUGUGUGCCCAGGGCAGCAGCGUCGCCACCUACGUGUUUAUCUUCAUUGGGGAGACGCUGCUGUCCCUCAACUGGGCCAUCGUGGCGGACAUCCUGCUGUACGUCGUGGUCCCCACACGCCGCUCCACGGCCGAGUCCUUCCAGAUCGUCAUGUCCCACCUGCUGGGCGACGCCGGCAGCCCCUACCUCAUCGGCGUGAUCAGCGACAGGAUCCAGCGGGGCCGCCCCCCAUCCUACCUGCUGGAGUUCCACAGCCUGCAGUACGCCCUGAUGCUGAGCGCCUUCGCCGGGGUGCUGGGGGGCGGCUUCUUCCUCGCCACUGCCCUCUUCAUCCAGGGCGACCGCAAGCGGGCGGAGCUCAGCACCCAGGGCCUGCUGCCAGAGGAGACCGAGCCGGAGGAGCGGAUUGUGGUGCCGAAGCGCGGCCGAUCCACCAAAGUGCCCGUCUCCAGUGUCCUCAUCUGA